AUGGUAUCAUUCACCACUACCGCCUUACUAAUCAUUGGUAUUACUGCCGUUAUUGUAUCAGCAGGAGGAGGAGAGAACUAUCAUCAUAACAAGAAACAUCACAAUAAGAAGAAAUUUGAUGUCGUUGUUUAUGGUCAAUUCUCGAGCAAUGUCACCCAACUGAGCAAUACCACAAUAACAUUUCAAAAUGAUGAUGGCUCAGAAUUAAUUUAUAUUAAUGAUAAAGAUCAAUCAGAAAUUUUGAUUGAAGAAACAUGUGUUUAUUUGGUAAUAUGGACUAUACAAGUUGGUUUUGUAUGUAGUACAGGUGAAAUCUCUUCAUGGGCACGUCUCAAUGGUAGAGAUAUUGCAAAUUCAAAUGCAGUACAAACAAACACACUCGGAAAUACAGCACUGUUCAUUUUACACUUAGUAGAACAUUUUGAUAAAGGUGAUAAAUUUCAAUUAAAACAAUCAACAGUUGAUAUAAACGGUCAGAUUGGCGCAAUAGCAUCCCAAGCUAAAGAUGAAUCAGAUAUACCAAGUGCUGAAUUGACACUUAUCUGUAUUAGUCGUGAAAAAGAACCAUAUGGACAAUUAUUUAGUACUAAAACACAAUUCAUUGGCACUGAUAAUCCAGCUGGUAGCAUUGUUUCCUUGGAUGAUAUACACAAGCAACACAAAUUUUAUGGUCUUCGACUAAGGUCAUCAUCAUCGUCGAGCAAUGAUAAUAGUAUCAUUGAAUAUGAAGAAGCCGGUCUCUAUUAUUUUCAAGUAUCAGUACAACUCAGUCGACAAGGUGAUGGUAAUGUUAGUCUAUGGCUUCGAUUAAAUGGACAAGAUUUACCAGAUUCAAAUAUCAUUCAAAAUAUUGCUGUCGGUGAGGCAGGUGUAUCUUUUACAAUAACCCUUUUGGAAUUAAACAUGAUCAAUUACAACUCAUAA